GAUUACCAGACCACGGUCACUCUGACAAUAAUAUGAAGUAAAAAACAAGAAAUUUUCCAAAAAUUCUGAAAGAAAACGACCAGACUACCAUUGUUUGGAUACAAUUGAAGCCCCCAAGUGACCGUAACUUUAUCUUCCCUUAAACAAACGAAUCAACAUGGUUGUUGGAUUAUUGGUGCGCAGCGGUCUGCUGGCCGGAACCGUCUACUACACACGCAAGGUGGGCAUCUGGGGGGAUACGGACCAGACGGACAAGCUCUACAACAACGUGAAGGCGGCGCUGUGUCCGUAUGUCCAGAAGUUGGAGAAGCAGCUGCCAUUCGAGGUGCCCGAGUUGCCCAGAACCGGCGAGAUGCGCUUCCUGGCCAAGCACUACUACAACGAGGGCGUGAAGAACAGCUUCCGCUUCAUCCACAUGCUGCCCUGCUACGCGGGCCGGGGUCUCAAGAAGGUCAAGGACACGUUCCAGGACUUUGCCAAAUCCCCAGCGAUCACCGGCGAACAGGAGUCCAGUGCGGCGAAGUAACUUAACCAACUGCUCUUCAAUGGCAGGCUGUUUUCGUGUUAGCUCAUAGUUAGCCUAUUGAAUAAUGUCGUUGUAAUGUGUCGUUACUCCCCAAUCCGCACCCCAGCGGAUCAGCGACUAUAGAUCUGUUCUCGACGUACUGAAACGCAUCGAACUGGAACUUCCAGUUUAGAAAUAAACAUAUUUACGUGGUAAGCGGUAAGAUCGCCCUAAAAA